AUGAAGCUAUUUUCUAAAUCCACGGUGCGUUCGAGGUCUGGAGUGGCAGCGUGUAAAUAUGUGUAUCAUAAAUUUAAAAACAAAAACUUUAGAAAUCACUCCACCGAGAGCUACCUUAACAUCCUCAUCCUCACCUUCAUCACCUGCCGAUCGGAGCGUUUUGUUUUUAUGUUUCCUGUCCCGACUCCUGAGGAUCUGCGUUCUGAUUGGACGAUGACUGUGAAUGGACUGAGCGCGCUCAGAGCGUUGGGCAGGUUUCACUGUGGCCUUCAUGAGUUCAGUGUCUUUGUGUUAAUUUUUUUUUUUACCCAGCGUUUUGGCUGCAGGCGUCUGAUUUAA